AUGUCGGGAGUGCUUGUGAGUUUUCAUUUUAUCUCUCUACUCUUACUCUGUUGUGUCUCCCCUUCAAGCCUCUUGCGUAUAGAUGAUCUCGUCCCUGGUCUUGUUUCUUGUCUUCCCCAACAGAGUCAAGCCUUUACGCUGUUCAAGAACGAGUUUGAAACUCGUGGUUGCAACCAUAGUGACAACUCUAAUGGAGUCUGGUGCGAUAACACCACGGGUGCGGUCACAAAGCUACAGCUCACCUCCUGUCUCAGCGGAACUUUGAAGCCUAACAGUAGUCUCUUCAGGCUGCAUCAACUGCGUUACCUUGAUCUCUCUAGCAACAACUUCAGUUCCUCUUCACUCCUUUCUGAGUUUGGCAAUCUCAACAAAUUAGAGGUUUUAUCUCUUUCCUUCAACAGUUUCAUAGGCGAAGUCCCAUCCUCAUUCAAUAACCUAAGCAUGCUUUCCUAUUUAGGCCUUUCCAAUAACCAGCUCACUGAUAGUUUCCCAUUUUUGCGGUACCUAAGCAAGCUCUCCUAUUUAGAUCUUUUCAAUAAUCACUUCUCAGGAACUUUGAAUCCCAACAGUAGCCUCUUUGAGUUGCACCAACUCAUUACACUUUACCUUUCUUUCAACAACUUCAUUUCUCCUGUCCCUUCCCAAUUUGGAAAUCUCAAAAAACUAGAGGUGUUGUCUCUUUCUAAUAAUGGCUUCUUUGGCCAAGUUCCACCCACAUUUAGUAACCUAACUUCGUUAACCCGUUUGUUCCUUUACCGUAACGAGCUCACUGGUAGUUUACCACUUGUACAAAAUCUAACAAACCUCCAUGAUUUGGAUCUUUCUUAUAAUCACUUCACUGGGACCAUUCCUUCUACUCUACUCACUAUACCUACCUUGGGAUAUCUUGAUCUACGUGGGAACAAUCUUGCAGGAUCUUUUGAAGUACCUAACUCUUCUACUUCAUCUAGGCUCCAGGUCAUGUUCCUCGGGGACAACCAUUUUGAAGGGAAAAUCCUAGAGCCUAUCUCAAAACUCACCAACCUCAUUCGUCUCGGCCUUUCUUUCCUAAACACAAGCUACCCAGUUGAUUUAACCUUCUUAUCCCCUCUCAAGUCUUUGUUCUCCCUUGAUUUAUCCGGUAAUAGCAUAUCACCAGCCAGUUUAAAUUCAGAUGCAAGCAUCCCAUUGAGCAUAUGAUUCUUGCUCCUGCCACGCUGCAACAUCACUGACUUCCCAAACAUCUUGAAGACCCUUCAAGACUUGCAGCAUAUAGACUUGUCCAACAAUGGAAUUAAAGGAAAAGUCCCUGCAUGGUUGUGGGAACUUCCUCGCCUGAGUUCAAUGGAUUUGUCAAAAAAAUCUUUUAAUGGUUUCGAAGGUUCAGCGGAAGUUUUGGUAAAUUCAUCUAUGCAGAUAUUAAUAUUGGCUUCAAACAGUUUCAAAGGAGCACUACCUAAUAUGCCACUCUCAAUUGUAUCCUUGUCUGCUUGGGGAAAUAGUUUCACUGGGACUGUACCCCUCUCACUGUGCAGCCGCAGCUCUCUUAUGGUUCUUGAUCUAUCCUACAAUAGUUUCACCGGUUCAGUUCCUAUCUGUUUGAGUAACUUGACGUAUUUGGUUCUCCGAAAGAACAAUUUAGAAGGAAGGCUUCCAGACAUGUUCCACACCGGUUCUUCGCUUCGGACAUUUGAUGUUGGCUACAAUCAACUACAUGGAAAGCUUACAAGGUCUCUCCUUAACUGCUCCUCUCUAAAGUUUCUAAACAUUGAGAACAACAAAAUCGAAGACGCAUUUCCUUUCUGGCUCAAGGCUUUACCAAACUUGCAAGUCCUCAUCCUCCGUUCAAACAUAUUUUAUGGUCCUAUGGCUCCUCUUGAUCAAGGUCCUCUCGCAUUUCCUCAGCUGCACAUAUUUGAAGUAUCGGAUAACAACUUCACCAGAAGCUUGCCAGCAAACUAUUUUGUGAACUGGAAAGCGUCAUCACUCCAGAUGAGUGAAGAUGGGAGUAUAUAUAUGGGAUAUGAAGAGGAGAGUUCAUUUUCCAUGAAUGGUUACUAUACUUAUCAAGAUUCUAUAGAUUUGAGAUACAAAGGACUAGUUAUGGAGCAAGCGAAGGUCCUUAGUUCCUACGCCACCAUUGAUUUUUCAGGAAACAAACUUGAAGGAGAGAUUCCGGAAUCUAUUGGUUUUUUGAAGGCAUUGAUCGCGCUCAACUUAUCGAACAAUGCAUUUACAGGCCAUAUUCCACUGUCUUUGGGAAAUCUUAAGCAGCUCGCGUCACUAGACCUUUCAAGAAACAACCUCUCUGGGACUAUUCCUAAUGAAUUCAAGGCCCUCACGUUUUUGGCGUAUCUAAAUGUGUCGCAUAACCAACUCACUGGUGAAAUACCACAAGGAACACAGAUCACUGGACAAUCUAAAUCCUCCUUCGAAGGGAAUGCAGGUCUUUGUGGACUUCCUCUCCAGGAAAGUUGUGCCAGCACUAGUGUGCCGCCGUUACAAGAUGUGAAUCAAGAAGAAGAAGGAGAAGUGUUGAGCUGGAAAGCAGUGGCUAUAGGAUAUGCUCCUGGAUUGUUGUUUGGAUUGGCAUUAGGUCAAGUUAUUGCUUCAUACAAGCCAAAGUGGCUCGCCAAUAUUUGUAUUCGAACAAGAAACAGCAGAAGGAAUGUCAAUACAUCUAUGUUUUAA